CACGCUGGACUCACGUGGCGCCCGAUGGUUGCUAGGCAGGUAACUAGGAAGUGAGAGCGCGCUGAAGCUCCUCCUCCCGCGUGUAUCCGCAGGAACCGGGUGGAAGAGACCGACAGACCGAAACCGGCGGACCGGAGAGAGACAGUCAGGACUGAAGAUGGCAGAUGAUCCGAGCGCGGCGGACAGAAACGUGGAGAUCUGGAAGAUCAAGAAACUCAUCAAGAGUUUGGAAGCGGCGAGAGGUAACGGGACCAGCAUGAUCUCGCUCAUCAUUCCUCCUAAAGAUCAGAUCUCCAGAGUGGCCAAGAUGUUGGCGGAUGAGUUCGGUACAGCGUCAAACAUCAAGAGUCGAGUGAACCGGCUGUCAGUGCUGGGUGCUAUUACUUCAGUCCAGCAGAGACUCAAACUCUAUAACAAAG